CAGGAAACAAUUCCGUUGGCCGAGGAGCCGCAUCAGGAACCCGAAACUGAGCCAGGACUCGAACCCGCGCCCGACUCUGCAGCCCAGCCUGAAGACGAUCCGGAGCAGGAAACCGAGGCCGCAGUCCUGCCCAUCGAGGAUCCUAUGGAAUCGCUUACCGUGACGCUCAAAAAAGGCAAAGGUAAACGCUUUUUCUGGUUUAAACUAUUUUUGACUAGAGUAAAUACAAAUCAAAAAAGGUCAGUGUUAACAAAGAAUCGAUAAAUAUUGAUUUUGUUCUUAUUAUAAACCCGCAACUUGUAAAAUAUGUAUGUUAUGGUUUUUGGGCAGUUUCCAGCAUCGCGAGUCGGUGCAAUUCAAAAAUGAAGUAAUACCAAAGACUCAGUAAACACGCCAAAAUACUCACAUCACUACAAAAAACAAACAACCACACUGCUGGCUAACCAACUGUAGAUUCUGCAGUUAUACAGCAAAGAAAUACCGUAUUUAUUCGAGUUAGCGCCCACCUCGAAUAAGCGCCCAUCUUGAAGGCAGAAAAAGUUAAAAAUCGCCCAGCCUCAAAUGAGUGUCCUUGAAUUCUGGAUUCCAGUAGUUAGGGGGAUUAAGAUUUAUUCGUAGGUCCGGAUUUCAAAGCCCACUAUUCUGGAUUACUCGACUAAAAUUUCUUGAUUCCGGAACUCAAAUUGCCCUACCUGCAUGGAGGCGACGAGGAGAAUCUGAUUUGGGCUUGAAUGCGUUUUUGUUAUCUUUAACAGAUGGUUAUGGGUUCAAUGUGAAAGGGGGCCGAGAUAAGCCUUAUCAAGAAGGUGAUCCCUGUGUCUACAUUACCCGACUCAGACCUGGAGCUGCUGCGGAAAAAAAUGGCCUGCUAUCGCCUGGGGAUAGAAUUGUGGAGGUUUGUGAGCUAGGAAAUUUUCUUUACAAAAAAUCCAUUGAUUGUUUCUUGAUCACAUUAAAAUACGAAAUGAACACUCUUUGUAGAGGAUAUGAAGAUUGUAUUAAGAAAAUUUCUGAAAAUUUAUCUAUUUGAACUGUAAAUCUUCGACAGUUUUUUUAGGCGAGAUCGAGGUAAAUUGAAUGGAUGUUAAUCUUAUUUAUUGCGCAUAAAGGUCAAUUUCGUUUGAAGUAUAAUCUUUAGAAGUUGUGGCUAAUUAAGACAGAAUUUAUUGCGUCUAGUUUUAAAGAAACUCUUUUGUCAGUGUAGAGUUAAGUCAUGUCAUAAUAAGAAACAAUGUUGUUCAAUGAUUCUCUGACUUUCAUAGAUCAAUGGUGCUGACGUCCGGAAUGUCACACACGGUGAAGUUUUGGAUAUGGUGCGGAAAUCCAAAGGAGGAAAGUUGACCUUAGUGGUGCACAAAAAAGCCAUCAAGGUAAUUUUUGCUGUUAUCAAAAACAAUGAAUUUGAAGGUGAAAUACAUCAUACAUGAGAAAACUGUCACAAACAACAGAUUGCUUUAAAAACAAAGUGAGUGUUACUUUCUUAACAACUGAAAUUUUCGAACAGAGUCUUUUUGAUGUCCAGUCCUAACGGGAGCCCGGAACUUCUUUUGUAAAAAAGUGGUGACGAUGUCAAGAAAGAAAUCACUGAACUAAACAGAUUUUUGCAGCAUGUUACGCAAUUUUGCUUCUUUGCAAUCUUAAUCGCAAAAGCUCAACUUAACUCAAUUUUGAAGGAUGUAGUCGAACUGUCCAUUUUAAGCAUACCGAGAAAGACGCCCCUACCCCUCAAAAAAAAAAACAACAAAGGGAAAGAAAGAAAAGGAAUUACUUACACCCAGAAAAAAGGACGAGUUAGGCUUUUUACAAGCCCAGAGGUAGUGUAAACUUUUCACACACAGCAUACUUCUUUAUACGUUACUGCAAUUAGUUGGCUCCCAAGCGAAUACCAAUUUUUGCAGUUGUGAAGCAUUUGUAAAUGGUCAAUCACGUGACACAUAUUAAACACCUUACUGGAGGGCAAGAAUAGCACUGGGACAAGAGAAACAAAGAGCUUGCAUCAUUUAAAACAGCUAGAUUGUUAACAGCAGAAAAGAAUUAAACUACUGCACAAAUGAAUGGACCCUUGUCACCAUGGCGUUAUUUGCUGCUGUUUCCUUUAGUAUUUGAAUGUCCCAAUUCCAUUGCAGAUUAAAAAGAGCUGUGUCACCAAUUUUUCCAAAAUGCAAGCAGUGACUGACACAAAUUGCCUGAAACAUAAAAAUAGUGCCUCAAGACAUUAAAAGAAGGUUUAAAUAACACCGUAAAAACAAAAAAGGCAUGGAUGGAUAAACGUAAAGAGGAUUAAAUGGGAUUGCAAUUAUAAUGUGGAUUUUAAAAACUUCUUAGCUUAACAGUUUUUCAAAGUUCAUUGGUUUUUUUCCCUAACGUUUUUGUUUGAUGUUAAUUCUUUGGGUGAGAUAUUUGUCUGAUACGAAGCUGCGAUUUUAUCAUUUACUGGUAAUUUCGUUGCUAACAUAUUAAGUUCCUUAGGCACAAUAUUAACACAAAGAACAAGACAGCUAUGUCACAACCCUCUUUAAUAACGUUAACAACAGCGCCCAUUUUGCAGAAAAAGACAGUAAAAUCAAAAUGACUUAGCUUGUUAGUACGAAGGCAAAAAAAAAAAAAUACGUUCCACACUAAGAACAUGUAUAGGAUUCGCAAAAUACCUUAAUAUUUUUUGAUUUACUUUCUUCGAAGAUGAUGAACGAGGAGGACAGCGCCAGCCAGGGCGUUAUGAGAAUCGACUUGCAGCGAGAAAAGAAAGGUACUGUCAUAUUAAUUUUGUUUUCCUUUCAUGCCGUUGUUAUAAUUACUCAACAAUCACUGAGGCUGUGAAAGCUUUGAACCCAGGAGUCGGUUAAUUAGUAAAUAAACCAUGAUCGUUCGGGUGAGCGUAGUCCUGAAUAAUUUUUGACAGUCACUCUCUAUAGGCGUUUCGACAACCUUUGUGAUAGUUAUCUUAAGUAACGUGCAAAGGGACGCAACAACUCCCAACAUCGUUGGGAGUUGUUGCGUCCGUUUGCUCGUAGAUAAGACUCUGACCGGUUUCAAACAUUGGGCAACAACUCCCAACAGCACGCUGCAACAUGCAACAGGGUGUGCAAACAGACCCAACAUGUAGCAUCCUACAAUGUUGCUAGUUGUUGGCCAACAGUGUUGCGUCCGUUUGCACGUGGCUUUAAGUUACGUACGUGCAAGCGGACACAACAACUGCCAACAAUGUUGGGAGUUGUUUAAUGUUGUAUCCGUUUACAUGUAGCUAAAAGUUUGACCGGUUUCAAACUUUGCGCAACAACUCCCAACAACACGAAACAACUUGCAACGGGGUGUACAAACGGACGCAAAGUGUGACAUUCAACAAUGUUGGCAGUCGUUGGCCAACAAUGUUGCGUCCGUUUGCAAGGGCAAGUUGUGUGCCAUGAAUCACGUUAGUUGCUGCUACAAUUCUGAAGACUCCAAACCAAUAUCCUUGAUACGUUUCGAUCCGUAUUUUAUCACAGUUUAACAAGUGUUUAUUGUUAUUCAUAUCGGCCACCUUCAAGAUGACAAAAUUUGACAAAAAUUGGCGCAAUUCAUUUCGUUUUUGCUUUCGUAUUUGAAUUUGUCAAUCUCGCUGGGGCUUAAGCAACAAAAGCCCUAAUUUGCACAAGAAAACAAUGAACUUAAGGAUUCUGUUUGUUGUAGUAAAAUGACAUCAUCAUGCAAUUGUCCUAUUGUCGGUUGUCCAGUCAGUCUCUCGUAGUUGGUUUGCUUGGGUCCGUCAGUAAGUCGUUUGUAAGAUGCCGGUAACUGUUGAAUACUAUACAAUCAGUGGUAAAUGAGUCUAUUUCACACGAGUCCAUCAGGACAUAGCCAGACAUAACGAUGUUUAUUACGCAUAUUCUCAUCUCAUAAUUCUAUUUUUCGUUUACAGGUAGAGGACUGGGUUUUAACAUCCGGGGAGGUAAAGAUAGCCCUUAUAUCCCAGGGGAUUCAAGUAUUUAUGUCACAAGGAUCAACGGCGAUGGAGUGGCCGCGCGGGACGGCAGACUGAGCGUGGGCGACAAGAUUUUAGAGGUAAUUUAUUUUUCUCUUAAAUACAAGUAAAUAAGAUUUGUUUAUAGGAGAUAAUCCUAUGCUGAUUUGAGCUUCAAAAUAAACAUUUGUCUUCCGCGGUAAUGGGAUUUGGUUCAGCCACUAGCUAGGUGGAGAUUGAAAAACAACUUGUGAUGAAUUUGUUGCGUUCGUUUACCUCGGACGCUAUGAAAAUAUAUUCUUAUAAUAAAUUGUUUUAUCGAAGAAAGUGUCUAUUUAAAGACCAGUGAUAAGGUUCGUGUUUGUCUUUUCAUUUCGUCAUAAGCUUUUGCCAGGUUCCGGACUGUCCCGAGGUGUUUCGGGUUUCGAGUGUCAUGCCAAGUCGGCCAUUAUUGAAUACUUCUCUUCUUCUCUUUUUAAUUUGAAAUAAAAAGAACGUUCUUCCGACUCACUGAUUUGAUAGUGUACGAGGCUUAAGUGCCAACCUUGAGAUAUAUGAAAUUGGCGCACAACUCCGUGCAAAUAAUUUCGUUAUUUGCUUUUUAUUUUCCGAGAAUAGUGUGAAAAUUAGUGGGUAUACAUAAAGUCGAGACCAGUCUAUACCGAACAUAAGUAAUUAUAAGGUGUUUAAGGCAUGGAAUGAUUGUCUCGUUAUUGACUUAAUGUUACAUUUGACCCUCAGAUUAAUGGUGUCAAUGUAGAGAACAGUACAGUUGACCGUGCUGUGGAUCUGAUUCAAUCCAAAAAGAAGAAACUCCUUCUUCUCGUAGAGAAAAAGGCGCUGCAGCAAGUGGUGGUAUGUUCUUAUUUUAAUUGCUCGUUCUACGGGCAAUCUAGGACUAUUCACCUUUUUUUUUUUGGGGGGGGUGGGGAGGUACCUAGGCGGGAGGGGCCAUAGAUCUUUGGUACACAAGACUUGUUAGCUCAGAUAUGGCUCUCGCCCUGUCAUAAUGUAAGGUCCAUCCAUCAGUGUUUCACUUACAACUAAACUCGCUCACUCUCAGUCACAGUGGAGAAAGGAAAUGUUUGGGAGAAAAAGAAACUCAAAUUUGGGGUGGAAAGUCGUUAAAAAUUUAUAACACCAUGGAUAUGUACAGGAUAUGAGUUUAUAGUUGAAUAGUAACAUCACAGGAUAUUUCCCUCAAAAAUCCAUACCUUAGAAUGACUCCUGGUAUUAUUACUACAUAAUUCAUGGUCGGAGGCAGUGAGUUUUUUUUUUUGAAGUACAAAAGGAGGUGGUAUUGAGAAUAUCUCUGUUGAUGAAUUCCACGCGAACUAAAACUAUUUUAUCAUUUUCUCGCAGAAAACUGUGCGCGAAGGAGCUGUAGACUCUCAGAGAGGCAAAGAAAAUUGUAUUGAGCUAUACAAAGAUCCAGAAUACGGUAAGGAGAACUCACAUUCUAGAUUCAACUGUCGCACUAGGGGCCCUUUUUCCCAGCUUGUCUUCACUAACAUAACGUUGUUGUUGUAUUUUACAAAAAGAUCUGUUUCAAGAAAGGAGAAGUUUGGCGAAACUCUUUUAAAAACAUAGUUACUGACACUCUUGUGUUUUCUCUCCUUUGCCGUCCUAAUGCGUAAGUUCACUGAUAUCCCUUUGUGACACCGGGGUAAUGCCUUCUUUACCCUACGAUAUGAUAGCGCCCAUCCAAAGAGCAUGUGGGCUUGACACAGCAACCUAUAUUGUAUAUAUCUAUUGUGGUUAUAGUAGCUCACAUUAUUAUUAAUAUCAUAACUUUAUUUUAUUGUCCCUUUUUAUGGCCUCAGGUCUCGGAUUCAACAUCCGGGGUGGUAGUGAUGCAAACUAUCUUCGAGGUCAUCCGGGAAUCUUUGUGACGUCAAUUAAACCCGGAAGUUCUGCUGACCGUGAUGGUCGGCUCAAGAUUGGUGAUAGACUUCUUGAGGUACAUACAACAUUGACAUCAAAGGCUAAAAAUAAACUUACUACGUAGGGUUUUAUAUUCGUCCUUGAUUAAAUUUAAACAUUGAAUAAUGUAAUUUCAAACUCAACCUACUUUUGAAAUGACUCCUGGGUUCAAACCUUUCACGACGCAAUUUCUGUUAUAAAGGGUGCGUUCCUUUGAGAUUAUCCGGAUCAGGAUCAGUGAUCUGAGAUCACUCGGAUCAUGGUAGAUCAAAUGAAUCGAUUCCACCCAAAGACUGGUUUAGAGGAAAUCGAAAUCAGUAUUUGGCGAGUUCAUAAUUUUCCAAAUCUACUGUUACCUAUUGCUUAUUAACUAAGGGGCCAAAAGCAAGUGCAAGCACAGUGAUUUACACACGGGCUAAACAUCCGGCGUUCGAACAUGGCGGACGGACUGCUUCAGCUUGGGUUUACGUUGUCUCGGUUACACUUGUAAACAGCGUAAACGUCGACGGGGGAAGGGAGAAUUUUCCAUUUCUUGCUUCGUCGUCAUUUGUACUUGCGUUUGUUUUACUUGUGUGAAACAGCUCUAACCCUUCAGGGAGUUUUACAUCCCAGGAAAAUAGAUUUAAGGUGGAUUUCCACUAUCGCGAAAUUUCUCCCUGAGUACGCGGGUAAAUUUUACGCGCUUGAAUAAAACAGGGACAAUGUAUGGAAGAUCAAACGUAUACGCAAAAGUUAAAACUCGCUCAACUUUUACUUCUAGCCCUGUUUACAUGGAGGUGGCCGACCCAGAUAGGUGAGGUAACAUGCGGCGGGUCAUCCCACCUGUCAUGUAAACGUGUUCAAAUUAAAAUGAGAGAUUAUAUGGACAGGCGGGUUACCCCACCAAAGCGGGUUACCUCACCUGCCUGGGGUCCCCCACCUUCAUGUUAUCAGGCCCUUACUCUUGGUCUUUCAUACAUUGCAUCUGCUUCAUUUACGCACCUAACUUUUACGUGCGUUCACACGGAAAAAUUACGCGACAGCGGAAAUAAACCCAAACACAACUUAUUCCAAAAUGGUAAGAAUAAAAAAAUGUAAAUUGUAAUUUUUUUACCCACGGAGCACGUGUCCGUGCGUUCCAGAUAGAAUAGGAAUUUGGAAAUGUUUGUUUUUAAGGAGAAGGAAAAAAAGGAGUACCCGGAAAAAAACCUCACGGAGCAAGGGAGAGAAGCAAAAACAAAGUCAACCCUGGUGUGGCGUCCACACCAAGAUUCGAACCCGGGCCACAUUGGUGGGAGGCGAGUGGUCUGACACUCUCACCAAUGCGCCACCCUUGCUCCCCAUUAUGGCAGCAAUACUACUUGUUUUGUAUUUUGUUUGUUUGUUUUUUUUUUUCGUGUCUUUAUUUUCGCGUUUUGCCCUCUUUGGAUCAUCGAUUGUAUGUAAAGAGUUCAAAUUAAAUUUCAUCUUGAAACGAGACAUUGAGAGUCAAAAGAAAAACUAAAUUUUCUGAUCACCUUUAUGUCUCUUGCUUUACCUCUUAACUAAAGGCCCUCUUCUGUUGAUUUUCUCCGUCAGAUAAACGGCGUCGAUGUGCGCUCUGUUCCUCAAGACGCCGCCGUUCAGCUUGUCCAGCGGUCUGUUGAAAAGGUGACAUUGAUGAUUGAGAAAGACGCCGAACAGCUUUUCAAAAAUUCAGAAUUUUACAGUCUGGUAAGGAUGAAAAAAAAACAUGCGAUUAAAAUUAUUUAAAUAAUUUCUUUUUUCGGUAACGAAUUUUAUGACCUUUAUUUCAGAGUGAUUUCGACGAGGUUGAUAUGAGUGGAGAAGCCGGCUGCUUCUUUAGAGAUCAGAAGAGAAGAAUUGGUAAGCAAGAAGACAGCCUUUGCUAUUUUUAUGCUUGAUUUUGAGGAAAAAAGAGAGGAAAUCGAGUUUCAUUGAAUUAUAAUAAUGAAAAAAUGAGUAGGAGAGAGGCCAACGAAGGCGCGCCACUGCAAACGCUGGGUGUUCAGAAUAUUGUUAAUUUUGCGUGACAUUAUGUUGUUCUAGACUUUGUGCUAGUUUACGAAGAAAACGAUGGUGAAGAGACACCUAGAGAGGUAAUACGAUUCAGGAGGAAAUACAUGAACAACCUACAAAAAUCCCAACUGGAGUUUGAAGAGGUUAGUUCCUUAAAGAACAUGUCAUAAAGAAAAUAAGUUAUGAUUUUCUGCAUAUCGCGAAAAUAUCACAACGGAAACGUCAGAGUGGGCCAACCCGAUUGGACUGGGCUUUGAGGUUUUUGACGAAAGUUAAAAUGCACUGCUCCGUAUUUAAAGUCGGUAGCUCGAACUAGUCUUCUUCUGACGAACAAGCUUGGGGCCGUUGAUUUAUAAGUUUAUAAGGUUUAACACCACCGUUUGUGUUUUAUUUCUGAUUAAGUUUUUUUUGCCUUUUCAGGAAAAAUCAGCCACAAAGAAGGGAACCCUCCAUUUCAUCAAAGUCCAUGUUCCAUGGGAAGUAAUGCUUUUUUAUGCAGAAGAGUUGAAUUUCAAAGGACCACUUAAGGUAAUCUAACAAGUACAAUGUAAUGCAAUUAUGAAGGUUGUAGUGUCGAGUAAGUAGCUAGUUUCCACUCCUUCAAUUAUCCUUCGUCAUGAGAAUACAGAUCUUGAUUAACGCCCUCUCCCCCCACCCCCCGACUCAGCCCCCCCCUUGAAAUCUGCAAUACAGCUCAAAGAAUCCGAAAUCACACUAACGAUUGGAAUCCAGAUCCAGGUUCCACUGACUAAGACUGAAAUCCAGUACCUGGAAUCCGAAAUCCACGGCGUGAAAUUUUGAAUCCAAGACUGUCAUGGAUUCCCUUACUUGGGAUGGCACGAUAAAGACACAAAAAUCAAGUUACAUCAGCACAUAUUCCUCGUAAAUCAUUUCAAAAUGAGCCUCGUCAAUUAAAUGUUAACAUAACAAUAUGUUUCUUCAACUCUAGACAAAUGUUUGAUAUUUAGUAGGCGACACUAUUUUCCUGUAAAAAAAGCUCAGAAUUUAGAGUAAUUUACAGUGAAGCCUCCAGAUAACAAACUUCUAUAUAACGAAGUGGUCAGUAAGAAACGAUUUGCGUUACAUAAGUAAUAGAAAAGUAUAAUUUAUGAAAAAGGACCUGGAUACAACGAAACUUGCUAUAGCGAACAACUAUUGCCAGUCCCUUGGCCCUUCGUUAUAGUCAAGGUUCCACUGUAACUAGUCAUUUGGCCUUUGCGAGGAUGAAACGAUUUGCAACCGCUGUUUUGAUAUUUUUAGGAAAGGACGGAGGAAAGGAUAAACUGGUCUGAGAGAAUAAUGAAAAAAUUCCAUAUCCCAAAUAUAUUCAAAGAUGACGUUCCCAACCAGCCACCGGAUUAUUUCACCGCUACAUUCCAGGCAAACAAGUUACACAAGUAAGAACACAACGUCUUUUUCUAGUUAUGAUCGGCAAGCCAAUCAUCAAUGAAAAAUGUCUGUCUUAACAAAUUUUAUGCCUGUCUCUAGGUUUGUUGGCAGCGAUAAUCCAGAAACUUACUUCAAAGAUACUGAACGAACUCGAGUGGUAAGGACUUUAGUAAGCCUUGAUAAUUAAACUCUUCCCUCGUGCCUCCGUCACUAUCUUGAUCAUCACCAACAUAAUCAUCAUCAUCAUCAUCAUCAUCAUCAUCAUCGUCAUCAUCAUAAUUAAAGAUACCUUAUUUCCUUGAAUAACAGCCGUCCCUCGAUUAAUCGCCUCCCUCGAAUAAUCACCGCCCCCCUCCUUUGAUAGAAAUAUUUGAAAUAAUCGUCUCCCUCGAAUAAUCGUCCCCGCCCCACCCCUCUCGCCAUCUUCUCUUUCUUUCAUCCCCUCCGUGUCCAGUUGAAGGGGAAUCUGAUCCAGCAAAACUGAUCAGUGACGAUUUAAGCUCUGAAUAUUAAGUCAAGGAACCAAAUUUGGAACACUUAAAAAGCCCAUGUUCAGUUUAUUUGAUGUGAUAACUUUUUGAUUUAAUGGGAUAAGAAAACAAAAUAUUUAGGGCACGACUUCAGGUGAGCAACAUUUGAAAUAAUCGCCUCCCUCGAAUAAUCGCUCAGUUUGCAUGCGAAAAAGGAAAUAAUCGCACUCGGCUAUUAUUCAAGGAAAUGCGGUAUCAAUAUUGAUGUUCUGGAACUCGCGACUGAAGCUAAAGUCAAGUGAAAACAACGCUGUUUGUGGUGUGACUGUGCCUCAGGCCAGUUCUCUAAUCACGUAACCCAGAUAUCAUUCUUGUAUUUUGGUUUGAAACGUUUAGAAGAUUUGGGUACUGACAGAUUAGAUACUGCUCUUACGGUGCCUUACCCUCAACCACACAUAUUACCUUCCUCCUUCAGCAUGUCGCCACCCUUCUUGGCGCUGCCGACAUCUUCCUUGAGUACCGCCUCUUCUGGAAUUUUGCCCCCAUCUUUGUAACCCAUAACUGUUUCUGCUAUCGUCAUUAAAUCAUUUUGAUGAUGAUUUGACCAUCACAACUCUUCUGUAGGCAAACGAGAUCCUGGAAACAGCCGUGUAUGGAAGCAGAAAUAAAGGAGAAAUAGGUAAUUGCAUGGACCGUUGGAUUCAUUCAGUUGUUAACAACACCCCGUAAACCACACUGUAAUUUUCAGGGAGUUAUAAUAACUCCUCUAGUGGGGCUAAUUUAACUCCUUACAGUGGAGUUAUUUUUCGUGGAGUUACUUUAUCUCCAAAAAGGAGUUUAAAAGAACUCUUUUUCAAGAGUAAAAGUGACCCCAGAUAUUGAGGAGUUAAAAUAACCCCAAAAAAGGAGUUAUCCUGUACCUAAAAUUUUUACUCGGAGUAAUUUUAACUCCAGACUAGGAGUAAAAAGAACUCUUUUCCAGGAGUAAAAAUGACCCCAAAUUCGGAGUUAAAUUAGGAGUUAAAUUAAGAGUUAAAAUAACCCCCAAAAAGGGGUUAUCCUGUACCUAAAAUUUUUACUCCAUUUUUGGAGUUAUAAUAACUCCCUAAAAAUUACGGUGCACUUAGAUAAACCACGCUGAUAUCACUAAUAAAAGGAUUAGCAUGUAACUGAAGUUCUUUCAUGUGAUUAUUCAGCCUCUAAUAAGAACGAACCUAACAUCGGUUACCUUAAUUUCAGCGUCCCAGUAUGCUUAAAAAAAGCUAGUUAUAAAACAUGAAUUUAAACGAGUUUUUAUUCCUGACCAUGACUUCCAUCUUUGACGCCGAGCAACAUUCGAGAAGAACGCGACGUGCAUGUUAUUCAAGGAUUCAAAUUCACGUUCCUACAUAGAGCACAGCAAAGUUGGUGUGGUAUCUUGGGCCUGCUUUCUUUUCGCGAAUAGUGUUGGUUGUGAGUCAUAACAAAAGUUCAUAUAGAGCAGUUACGCAAUGUUUUUAUUUUGUUCUUUCUAGGAAUCAGCAGAUUAGUAGAAGAAGGAGUCUAUUGUGCAGCAUAUCCUCUUCAUGUGGUGAGCUUUUAUGAACUUUUACUCAGAGAAAAGCUGAGCCUAUUUUAGUCGAACAAAAGGAACUACACUCAGUUGUCGGACAGUGAUGGUGAAUCGGCCAUUGAGCAAGCCUCGGUUUCAAAGAGAGGCUACGUUUUGCAAUUAGCCUCGUUUUGAAAGUUAGAACUAAUGGCCUUUUCAAAAGCAAUUUCUAGCUCCUACGGUUGUUCGAAGAAUGCACUUUUUUCAGUAUAUCUUUCAAAUGAUUUUCUGAAAAUCACAUUUUUCGCAGGGUCCUGCGGAACUACCAUCAGACUGGAACAAAAACCCUCAUGGCCCAGAAGAAGACAGACUGAACCAAAGACAGGCAAGUUGUAGAAAAAUUAGCCCUACAACUACCUUCCUGCAUCAUCCUUUUAAGUUCCAUGUAAAGCACGAUAUGUGAGAAGCUAAUGUGUAAUGUCAAAGAGAUCUUUCGUAACCGCUGCCCGUCCUUAACAACCGGAAAAAAAGUGGAAGAGGACAGGGAAGAGCGAGCCUGGAAGAGGGUGUGGGAGGGGUACCAUAGUAAAAAUUGGACCGUGACUCGUGGUUCGUGGUUUCACCUCAGCUUAAUCAUUUUGGUUUCAUUGUUAUGAUUGAUAAGAGUUAAGGCAAUGCAACAUAUUCCUAGACUCGGUUCCUAACAAUACACGUUGAAAUUUUCAAUGGCAAAAAAUCUAAAUGUGGCUUGUCAACUUAUAGAGCGCUUUCCAUUUGUCCGACAGAACUGGCCGGCUAAACGAUUCCCUUCGUGAUGCAAAUUUCACUUUUUACAAAACUGUCCGGCCAGUUCAGUCAAUUCCGGAGUAAAGUGUAUGAGUUUGAUGGAUUUUUAGGCGAAAACUCUUUAAAAAGCCUAUUUCAUUUUCAAAAUGAUCCAUGCAUUCAGUCGGCCAUCCGAGUUUGAUGAAUUCUUUAACGGACGCAACAUUGAAAACCAUUUUGGGUGUUAAAAAUUGUUGUGUUUCAUUUCAAAAAACUUUAAGUUACGUGCACACGGACGCAGCAACUCCUAACAUGGUUGGCCAACAAUGUUGCGUCCGUUUGCACUGGGCUUUAAGUAACAGCUUUUAAUCCUUGAGAGCGCGAUAAACUACCCAGUUCUUUAAAAUGGGCUAAGGCCCUGUUGUAUCUCUGCCACAUUUUUAUUAUAGACUUUGAUAGUUGAGUUUUGGCUAAAUAACAAUUAAUGAAUCUUAAUUUUCGCCAUCAGGUCCUCAAAGAAUACUGGGCUCGCUGGGGGAAGUGGCUCAAAUACCAGCCUCUGGAUCACGUCAGGGAAUACUUUGGAGAGAAGAUUGGAAUCUAUUUCGGUUGGCUAGGUACGUGGUGUCGAUGGAUAGGAUUAACCUUAGCAUGAUAGCGCAACUAAAACGGAUACUUUAGUUACAGACACCUGGUAUUGAUUUGUUUGUGUCAGUGUUAAAUUUACCCCCGACCAUCUGAAAAUCCUGUUAUCUUCUAUGUGGACUAUUUGUAUUAAACAUUGCCUGUAAACUAGCCUGUUACAACAUCCGUGAUAAACUCUCCUACACUGCGGAUCGAGGGGGGGGGGUUUUUGUUGCGCUGGCCUCUCAGAACCCCGACCCCAUUAUAGUUUAUUCUGUGACUCAAAUUUUAGACCCUAUCUUAGUCACUUUUGGGCAAAUAUGUAAUUUUCACGAUCCCAACUUAGUCACUUUCUAUUUCUGUAUCUACCUUAUAUUGAAUGAAGAACAGUUUACUUUUCAAACGUUUAAACAUUCUGGUAUCAUUUGGUUUGCGUAGAUGUGAAGAACUGUUUCCCCAAAAUCGGAAAAUGUGAAACCCUCCACUCGUGAAAAUGCAUCCAGCACCACAUUUAGAUGUUUUGAACUCUUUCACGUUUUGACAUUUGUCAUUGUGAUACGAGAAACGGUUUCUCCAGUAAGUGGAUGGGGUAGUAGGCGGAUUGAGGUAUUUAAAAAGAUGCUUACAGGCUCUCCCAGCUUCUCUCUUCCCUCCGUUUUUCGUUUGUUCGCUAUUUCACUGCUCGCUCGAUCGCUUUUUUCGCACGAGUGAGGUCCUGGCAAAGGCCAGCUGUAAACAAACUAUACUUUAACAGGUUAUUGCAAUUCAGCUUUUACCUUUUUGCGUCAUGCAAGAUCUACCGUCCACAUACAAAUCCUACUGAUUGCUAACUGUUUUUUUAAUUUUCGGAUAAUCCCUAGGACAAUACACUGCCUGGUUAAUAAUGCCGUCCAUUGUUGGACUGCUUGUUUUCCUUUAUGGCUACCUGACUUUAGAUUCAGAAGAGAAUACAGCGUGAGUAUCAAAUUUUUGGAUCAAUUUAGGUUUCUGGGAAACUGACCACCUACCCCUCCCCUAAGCCAACAUUUUUCCCUAGGUGAGAAGUAAGUGUUAAUGUUAGCCUAGGGGAGGAGUAGGUGGCCAGUUUCUCAGAAACAUUAAUUGACCCACAUUUUUUUGUCCCUUUUACAAACCAGUUACUGAUCGUUUUGGCGAGCCAGGUUUUCUUACAUUUCAUUGACAAACGUUUACAUAAUAUACAAAAAGUUGGCUUGUAAGAAUGAUGAUCCUUGGUCAGAAUCAACUUUGUAUUAUGUUUACUUCCAACCUUAAUCUCCAGAUUAAGGCGGAGCGUGACAUUGAACUUUUUUUAUCUUAGCUUUUUGUUGCGCACUUACAAUAACAUUUCUAUGCAGGCAAUAUGGAGGUUUACUUACCGCGAUCUUGACUCCAAUCUGUAGUUAUAGCGUAUACAAAAAUUGAACUAUUUAAGGAGAUUAAAAUUUUUUAUUUACCAGGCUGGAGAUCUGCAGCUCAAAAAAUUGGACUUUCGUCAUGUGUCCGCUUUGCGAGGAAAACUUGGGAUGCAAAGUUUGGGACCUGAAAACAAGUUGUAGCCGAGCUAGAGUGAGUACCGUAUAAGCACAGCUGUAAAGGCAACAUUGGGUGUGUUCUACUCCCUGUUGCUAUCGCUAUUUCUUUUACAGUGUUUUCAUAGAUCAUUUCAUUUCUUCCCGAUUGGCGAUCCUAAAUAACAACUUAAAGGAUCGAAAAAGGUGUUUCUUGCGGGAAACGUCUGACUGUUCCAGUAAAUUUCAUAUAUACCACCAAAUGAAUUAUCUUACAACCUCGUGAAAAAAAAUUUAGAGGGCAGAGAGAACGCUUUGACAUGGGUUUAGUAUCGAGCCACGUGAUCCGAAACGCAUAUAGGCCGCAUGGAAGAAUGAGGCCGGGGGGACUAGGCAUGAACUUAACAUCUCAACUCACUAAGGGUCAAGGACGGGGUAAUAAACUGAGAAGCUGACAAUUAUAAACAAUCUGUUGUCUUAGAAAUUUCUCUUUGGCAACUCGAUGGGCUAAAUUAAGAUAGAAAUACGAAAAGUUAUACAAUCGUUGCGUCGGCCACGUAAAUCAUCAUCAACUAAUAAUUCUAUCGCUAACUUUUGACAUUGUUCGGCAGAAAAGGACCGAGAACAAAAUUUACCAAAGACUGAAGUGGAGACGCGUCUUUUUUCUCUCGAUUAACUUUUUCCUUUUUAUUCUAAUUACUACUAUAUUAUGUGGUAGUGUUAUCCUCCAGUAAUUAAAUUAUGACUUUAAUUACAAGUUUCAAGCAAAUCACCUCACUCUCCCAUUCAUCUUGUUGGGUGACGUGAUGGCAAAGAGGAAAUGUUUCGUUUGUUUUUCUGGCUUUCUGUUAAUAGUUUGUCAUCUUUUUCAGACAUCGUAUUUAUUUGACAAUCCAGCUACUGUCGGAUAUGCUGUAUUUGUGGCUUUUUGGGGUAGGUGCAUCAACGAAUUCAUUUGGGCAGUACAGUCUCUUUAUAAUGUUCUCAUGACCAGCGUAGGUUGCUGGAUACGUUUGUUGUUUGAAUGCAAACUUUCAUUCUGACUUGUUCUUUGUCAACAGCCGUAUUUUUCCUUGAGUACUGGAAAAGAAAAGAAAUAACUCUCGCUUAUCAAUGGGAUGUACUUGGCUUCGAAGAAGAAGAGGUGAGAGAUUUAAAGGGCUUUAGCUACAUGAAAGUGAGGUGGGCAACAUGACAGAGCUUGAAUUUAACAGCAAAGCGAGUUGAGUUCAACUAGCGAUGAUCACCGCUGGACAUUAUCACUUAUAGAUAUUUUGGCUUUGUGCUUUUGUGCACAUACAGUUCAUCGCUCAGAUUUGUAUCAGGUUUCUUAAGGUAAGAACAUAAAUUGGCGGGUUUAUGGCUUAAACGAGUCUCUAGAAAUGAUAGCGGAGCUUUCGCGCGCGGUGAAAAAUUUGGUUAACUAUGCAUCCAAGAAAUUUUGGUUGUGAUAAAAUUGUCCGUCCCUACGUCCGUCCUUCCGUACAGUAGUACGUACGUACAAACGUCCCCUCCGUUCAUGUGACUGAAAAUGAAAUGCCACACUUACUUGCUUGGAGGAAUUUACAGUAUGCGUUAAACUUGAUCCUGGACAGCCAUGUUAUGGUCAUGCAAUUGACAUCUGUCAAAAAGCGUUUCCGCUGACCAGUGACACAUGACUGUAUCGCGGGCUUAGUUGUACAACUCGUUUAAAUGACGUGUUUUUAAUUUAAGUUCUCCGUUCCCAGUCAGAUUUUCAAUUGAUCGCAGGCUCGGGUCCAAUUACCUAAGAGGAAUUCAGUUUACUUCUUGCUUAUGGCAAAAGUUGAAUUACUGCAGAAAGACGUUUCUUAAAAAUCCCACGAGAGCUUCGCUUUUUGCCUUGGCUAAAUCUAUACAUUAGUACUUUGGUGACUUGUGUUACGCCUCCUACUCCUGAUAACGAUAGCAACGCUCUUGCCGAAAUCAAAGCACAGCUAGUUAAGGUAUAUAACAUUCUUGAUUUUCUGUUUUCCUUUCAGGAAAGGCCUCGACCUACUUUCGCGGCAUUAGCGCCAGCGGUGGAGCGGAACCCUGUUACGGGUUUACUGGAGCCUCAUUUUCCACCAGAAAAGCGAUUUCCAAGGGUGGUUUCAGGAAUUGCCAUAAUUGGGCUCAUGGUACAGUAUUUUUUUAACUUUUUUUUCACUCUGUCACUGUUGAGCAUAAAUUUUCUCAAGACUUGAGAUCAAAGACUGAUUGAGUAUGACUUUUUCAUAUUUCCAGACAGUUAUCGUUCAGGAAAAUGCCAUUCUUUAAUUCGCACUCUUCAAAAACUCUUUCCCAAACACAAUUGUUUUCCUGUGCCAAUCAACCUUGACAAAACAUCCAGUUCUACAAUGCAAACAAGAAGGGUUCGGGCUUUCAACAGCAUCCAUGCAUCUAAAAUUUUGUCGUUAACAUAAACCAGUUUCGAAUUAUCAAAAUUCUUUCCUGACUUCGUGGUUGAGUGGAAUAACACAACAAAAAUAUAUUAUUAAUCUAUGAAUCUCAAUCUGAUCCCCCUUCUCGGAGACCCAGGGGCAGUCAAUAGCUCGUUUUCAGUCACGUGGUCAGCAGCUUUGCAAAUUGCUUGGAAUAAUAGAAAGUUUUAACAUGUGAAAAGAAUUCAAUUCCCACAGGAUUUUUUGUACACAAACAUGGCUGCCGAGUCAUUGUUUUGUACACACAUAUGGCCACCGUGACGUCAUGUGAAAACGAUCUAUCGGGUCAGGUUAGGGUUAGGGUUUAGAGACGGAUUUUUCCGACCCGAAUGACCCGACCUCUGGGUCUCUAAGCAUGCUCAAUCCUUCAGCCUCGGUGCUAAGUAUGAAUGUUAAUCAUUCCAAACUGGCCUAUUGAUAAUUCUUGUCCUGGGCUACCUGUGAUCUUUGCAUCUCUUGUAUUUUUUAGGUAUCCCUUGUGGUGCUGUUCAUGGUGGGAGUCAUUGUUUACAAACUGUUAGUUAUUCAUCCUUUAUACAAGAACCCACAAUUUCAACAGUAUGCUGCCAACAUUGUGUCUAUUACGGGAUCAAUCAUGAAUCUUAUCAUUAUUAUGAUUCUAAGCAAGGUAUGAGUAGUUUGCGUUACACACGAAAUUUACUUUCGUAAAUUUAUGGUUGAAUAAUAAUAAUUUAUAAAUGGUAUUUGCAAUAAUUUAAGUGCAGCUUGGACUGAAAUCGUAUGCGUGAUUUCAGAAUUGAAUAAGCGCGCUGAGGGCUUUGAAUUUAAUUUGAAAUCACAGGUAUGAUUGAAGACCAAAAUAGCACGAUAGUAAGUUCAUUUAUCACUUUCGCCCUCAGUGCAAAGGUUAGGAGCAAUAUUUAUUUUAUUGAUCCAGUAAUCGUUCGUAGAAAUCCUUUUACAUUUAAUUUUGUACACAAAACAGAAAAAUGAUAUGCUUUACAGCGUAAGAGGGUGCAAUAAUUAAAAUUAAUGCGAUUAUUAACGAAAAAGAUGUGAUUAAGAACAGAACUGAUGAAGUUAGAGCAAGACUGAUGAGAUGUAGGACAUAGAAAUAUUCUUUUUUACGGCGAAGAGCAUAAUGAAGUCUACCUGUUUAGUAAGAACAUCAGAAAGAUGACCUAAUUGAGAACUUUUGUCUUUCUUUCUUCAAGGUGUAUGAAAAACUGGCUUAUGUGCUAAAUCAUUGGGGUGAGUUAAUACCUAUGUACCAUAAUUGAGAACUUUUUAUUGGUGUACUUUGUUUUAAUUAUUGUCACACAUUGCUCUCAUUAUCUGUCUUCUCAUUGGAAGGUCAGUGCACAUUACAACUAUUGAGACGUAUCUGCUUGCAGAUAAUUGAAUUAUCUGCAGGUUGCCCCGCGGAAAACAUGAUUUCCAACAGCAACAUACUAACGUACUACACACCAUCCUCAGAGACCCAGGGGCAGUCAGUCGGGCGGGGAGAAAAGGCGCGACGAAAGUUUUCAAGCAUGGGCGGAAAAGCCCCUGGGUACCGACUCUUGCCGGACCAUUUACAAACGGUCAAGCGAAUGCUGGCUCCUGAUUGGACAUAAAAAAAAAAGCUUUGUGUUAUUGUGCCCAAUCGGCGAACAGUAUCUCCUGAGUUCUUUUCGUGAGCUCGUACACGACGUUUAUUGUCUCGAUCACCGCUUGUCUGCACCAAAGAAAUGCACGCAGUCAGGAACCUCGAUUCAAUGGAUAUCACAAAAAUCUUAGCCGUCUAUUGCUUAGUGUCAUUGCUAAGUGCACUGACCAAAUGCAAGAUAAAGGAGCUUCCGCUUGCACAAAUGGUAUCACUUUUAUAGCCCUAAUCUUUAGUAUAAAAUUACUUUUGUUACAGAAAUGCAUCGGACACAAACGGAAUAUGAGGACAACUUGACGUUCAAAGUAUUCGUGUUUCAGUUUAUGAAUUUCUUUGCGUCAAUCUUCUAUAUCGCCUUCUUCAAGGGAAAGUAAGUUAAAUGCUGACAGUCAUCUUAUUCUGCAACUAUUCCUUAUUAUAAGAUGAGGGAGAAAAUAUUGCUUACAUGAAGGCAAUGACAGCACUUUUAUUGGAGGGGGAGAGGAGAGGUGUUGUCUGCGAUAUUACACAAAAUGAAGCAAUAAUGCUUUGAUCUGAUUGGCUACUAGCCUGUCACUCAGACGUUCUUAGGCGCUCUGGGGAAGGAACGAUUGCGUGACUAACGCCUAAGAACGUCUGCGUGGAAGGCUUAUUGGCUACCAGAGCGGGCAGAUUCUCCCAGCAGCUAGAAAUUGGCUGCUUGUCCCCUAAGAAAACAAUCUAAGUGUUCUAUUUAUCGUAUGGUAGAAAAGUCUCUUACUGACCAACCUUUUUUUAUCGAGACAUCUAGACAUUGGUCUCAUAUUCUGAAGGAGGUUGGUUUCGCGCUUGAUCAAUCACAAAUAUACGAAUUGCUAUUAAAUGAACACAAAUCUGCAAACAAAAAUAAAGACUGUCAAAAAGCAGUUCCAUUGUGUAACUCAUAUCCUAUGUUGACUUCCUUAUUUUUAUCACGCAGGUUUACCGGGUAUCCAGGCCAUUAUUCCAAGUUUCUUGGUCUCAGAUCAGAAGAGGUAAGCCAAUUUGCGAUCAGUGAUGAUUAGUAAGAAAUAAAAAACUCGCGUUUAUAGAUCAUUUUCGCAUGACGUCACAUCCACCAUGUUGCUGUCCCAAAUCAUUCCUUUGGGAGUUGAACUCUUUUCUUCAAAAAUAUUUCGUUUUGUUUCAAUAAAUUUGCAUAGCUGCUCACUGGCGGCGUGAGUGUAAAUGCUCUAUAAAGGUAUGGAUGGACACGGGAGGUUAUCAAUUACUAAAAUAACGCAAGAGUAAACUCUUCCCUGCUAGCAGAGGUCUCUCACGGCGAGAGAAAAAGGAUAGGAAAGAGACAGACCUCUGCCGGCCCCCGAUGCAAUUUCUAUCACGCAUUUACUGGCUUUUCCUUAACAACCAGUAACGUUGAAGUCAUGCGGGACACGGCUUCACAACCGGUUUGCGCGAUAACAACUGUGGGUUCAGAAAUCCCAGCGGGCAGUCUUAACAGGGCACGCGCUUUCCACAUUAAACGAAACCGAUUUUGAAAACCAGAAGUUUCGACCACACAUGUGGUCGGCGGCUACGUGCAUGAAAGAAAGCGCGUCGGGGUACGGCAUAAUAAUAAUAAUAAUAAAUAAUAAUGAACUUUAUUAAAGUCUCAUGUCUUAUAGUUCAGGAACAGUGCCUUGCUAAUUGGGGAGACUGCAUAGGUCUCUCUCUUUCCUCUCCUUCCUCUCUGGCCGUGAUCUGGCCGUGAGAGACCUUUGCUAGCCGGGAAGAGUCAACUCUACCAACUCUAAAUUUUAUGGUAGAUCAGCUCCCCAACUAACCCUCCCGUAAACUAUCAUUUUGCCCUAAGUGAGCAGUUGACCAGCACCGUUUCAAAGUGGCUCUCUGAUUGGUCCGUUUUGCUUCGCUGAGAUCGAUGUGGCGUGAACCCUGGAAAGUUGGAGGUCCUCUCUUAUCUUCACAACAAUAGCUGCUGUUGAAAGGGGUUUUCUUAAAAUCAACUUUACUUCAUACAUCAGGGCAAAUAACGCCAUUACGCGCAAACAUAGUCAACCGAAGAAGAGGGGCCCAAAACUGGAUUGACUAUAGGGUACAUCACUGUUUUCAAACAUUGUUUUUGUUAUUCAAAUUUGUAUCGAAAGAAACAAAAGGAAUGUUUUGUUAUAGGAACUAAUGCGCUUCUGUUUGCGCUUGGCACAUUAAUAUCAAUAGGUGACGUCAGCGUGAGUAUAGCCAUUAAACAACAGUAAAGUUCCAUUCUAGUGUGAAAUAGUCAAUGACGCAUACAAUUAUGUGACAUAAUUUUCUGAAAAAAGCUCUAUUGUUCUCGCUAAGUAGCCAAUGAGGGAGCCGCAUUGGAUUAGUACUGUGCUGCCCUGAGUGGCAGCCUGUUAGUGUUAACGUUGAGUCAAGGGUGAAGGAGGUUGAUAGUUUCCCAGAAUCUUGUUGUGAUUCCGAUAAGGUCAUCAUCGAAAGCAGCCCCUGUUGGUUUACAAUUCUUUUUGUUCGUUUAUUUGUUCUACAGUGCAGCCCCGGCGGUUGUCUCAUGGAGCUCGCUCAGCAGCUCGCCAUUAUAAUGAUUGGCAAACAAGUCAUUGGCAACGUGCAAGAAGUUCUUGUGCCGUAAGUCACAGUUUACCGCGUUAUAAACGAGCAUAGGAUAGGGAACGAUCAUUUAAAACCAAAUGAAUCUAAAUAUGAGGGGGGCAAUCGAAAAUAACAUACAAGGAGGGAUCGACGGCUUGUCCGUUCAAAAUAUCGUAAAAGCUCAAGUCGUUGUCUUGUCAUUAAGUAAUGAUCUGGGUAAAACGGGAAGCAAUUUCUUUUAUUAUGGCGCAAUACUCUUUCUCACAUAGAAAUCUUUUCAUUUUCCCACAGAGAAUACAUAAACCUACAAAAAGACAGUUAGCAAAAUAUGCUGUAUUUAAACUCCAUUUUCAAAGGGUGCUUUUUGUGUUAAAAGAUGUCGAUCAUUCAUAAGACUCACAAAACAAUAGCCAAGAAAAGUUUACAACUUUACAUGUUCUUUACAUAGGAUUUCUGUGUUACUUAGACUCAGACGAGAUUUUGUUAUAAAGAAGUUGGUUAGAAAACGAGGGAUUAAGGGGACAAGGGGUGUUUAAACAAAUCAGAGGUGCAGUAGAGACAAUCGUUAAGUUAGCACUUUUUGCAUUCCGACGUUUGGUUCUUUAUAUCUUAUCUGAACCGCUACUUAACGGUUUAAGUUUGUCUUGGAUAAAGCAACAGGAAUUGAUCAGUUUGCAUAAAAGGUUUCAAGUAAUAGUAGUUUUACUAAAUCUGAAAGUAAUUGGUUCAAAGGAAAAGGCAUAGUGCGCUUUUCAAAAUCUGUAAUUUAGGAGAGUAUUAUAUGGUUUCAAUUUGAAGAAGAGACAUGACUGACUUAGCCUGCGAAUACAGCCGUUUCUCCUACCCGCUCGCCGCCAGGAGGAACGUCCAUACUGAUGACGUAAAUCAAUGUUUACAUAAUAAAUCCGGUAGUCGUGGGGUUUUCGAUGUACAUUUGUUUGAUUUUAUGUUUCUCCUGGUCGAUUAUGGUAAAGUUUUGUGAUCCUUUGCGAACGAGCUCCAGCAAAACUCAAAAGAAGAAUUUCGAAACAAGAAUAUAUUCUAAGAAUACUGACUGUUUUGUAAUAGAUUCAUCACGUUUACAUUUGAACAUUUGAACUUUGUGGCCUUUUGUCUGUCAAUUCGUAGACAAUUGUUAAAACAAUAUAACUAAUACGUCGACCAAUCAGAUCUCCUGACCAGAUUCCAGACAGCUUUUAUAUCAUUAGUAUGGAAUUUCUGUCGUUGAGUCGCAGACGUUCCUCCCGGCAAAAUGUCCUUAGCGACGAGGAGAAAGGAGAAACGGCUGUAUUCGCAGGCUAUGACUGACUAAAAAAAACAAAUUUUUGGUUUCUCAGGAAGGCUUCUAUUACAGGAAACGUUCAUAAUUUUAAUUUUCUUUUUUUCAUUAUCUUUGUGUUUUAUAUAGUGAAAUAAAGAAGUACAUGAAGAAGAGAAAAAUGGGAAUGACUGGCAAUGAUGUCAAGCCGCGAUGGGAGCUCGAUUACGAUUUGCUGGAAAACGAAGGCUUGUUUGGAGAAUAUCUAGAAAUGGGUACGUUGCAUUUUAUGAGUUAGUAUACAAACUCCCUAAAGGGUUCAACAUUUGACCUCCCACCCCCAACAAGACCACGGUGAGUUUGUCAGUUGUCGAUGGGUUUAAGACAUAAUUUCUUGGUAUAUGGACGUUUUUUUCAGGGAGUUAGUAUGUGCCAAACUGUGACAAAUGCUAAACACGAUACAUGAGCAUCUUAAUUUAAUCACGGGGUGGUUACUACAAACUGAAUGAAAAUCAUGGCGGCCAGAAAGGGCGACGUAGCCAUUGUAUGAUGGUACAGUUGUAUGCAGGUUAUUAACUCAUUCUAAAAUUGCCAUUUUCGGUUCGGUUUAUUUAUUGAAAAAGGCGAAUGUAAGUAGCACCAAACAUUGAAACUAAGACAGCUGCAAAAAAUUGGUCAUCGAAACGUCCCAUUUACAGUAACUUUCCUGGGUUUUACCCUUUCUCUACCAAACUUGGCCGGUAAAGGUGGAUAAGUUAGCCAAUCAAAUUUGUCUAUACGAUGAUACCAAAUGACGUCGAUCAUACUAUUAAUAACUGUUAAAGUUUUCAAUUUCUACUUUUUGGAUAAUUUUUACGAAAGAACAGCGGAGUUGAAUGCUGAUCCAUUGUGACGUCAUGAGUUACCAUUUUGCUUUGAGAACAAAAUCUUAAAAAUAUUGUCAACAAUAGUAGACUAUCUCGUAACUUUACUAACGAAUAAUGAUGACAACAAUAAUAAUAAUAAUAAUAAUAAUAAUUAUAAUAAUAAUAAUAAUAAUAAUAUUAGAGUGUGAUAUUAUUAUAAAUAUGUUUUUAGUAGAGAUAGCGAAGGUUUUACAGAGUAUCAGAAUUUAAUAAUAUUCUAAAUUGGCUUUUUAAGUAGAGAGAUUUAUAUCACUAUGUAUAAGCUUUUAGCAGAGAUAGUACUCACCGGUGAUGCCAAAACCAUGAGGCGUUUUGGGAUAUUCCCAUCUAUGAAGGUUUUACAGAGUAUCAGAAUUUAAUAAUAUUCUAAAUUGGCUUUUUAAGUAGAGAGAUUCAUAUCACUAUGUAUUUUAGGAUUGUAUUAGGUUUCGUAUCGACCUUUUUUUACUUCUAAGUAUAGCUUCUCAAGUGGUGUAGGUUACGCUAUGCGCCCUAUACUACUCAUAAUGUGGACAGCAUUCCAAAGUUUCAUACUGCGACAUAAUAAUAAUAAAGUAAAAUUAGCCCGCAUCAAGAAAUGGUUUUUGUACCGACCUAAAUUUGCCCAUCAAAAUCAAGGAAUGGACCUUUUUCCAGGUGAAACGCGCCUAGACUAGGCCGAAGCUUUUCUGAAAAAAACUUUAACCUUCGGCGUACAAGUGGGCGGGGGGUGGGGGGGGGGAGGAGGGAGGGAGUGCUAAUUGAUCAGUUAAGAGUGAAAUUUCACUAGGGUACCGACGGAAAUGGUUGUACUUCAAGCAAAUUAUGUCGACGCACUUGUAUCAUUCAGGAGCAACCGCGAGUUAAAGCAACCUCUUUUCUUAUUCUUUGCAGUGAUUCAGUUCGGUUUCAUCACCAUCUUUGUAGCUGCAUUCCCCCUGGCUCCUUUCUUCGCUCUUGCUAACAACAUCUUUGAGAUCCGAAUCGACUCAGAUAAGAUGGUGUGCGACCUUAGGAGACCUGUGGCUCAUCGUGCACAGGACAUUGGAAUCUGGUUUGGUAUAUUAAGUGCAGUGGCAAAGAUUGCUGUCAUAAGUAACGUAAGUAUUGUCUGAGUAAGUAGUACUAUAUUAAUACAGAAAAUGCUUAGAUCUGUGUGCGAAAGCAGGGUCAUGGAAAAGGGUCUCUCGUCUGAAACAUAGUUUGCGAAAUGAACGAUUAUUUUUUUCCAAAAACAGGAUCAAGGUUUGAAGCUCUCGGCUGCACAACACCUACCCAAAACCUCAACAAAACCUACCCCUCUCCCUCCCACAGUAUAGACACGCAGCUUCACAGAAUUGGAAGACUAGCACUUUUGAGACAGUGAAUUGUUAAAAGGAUACACUGUUGUGGUAAAAUUAAUUAGUAAAACAUAUAUUUAAUCUUCGGUGUUUUUACAUUUGACAGGCGUUUCUUAUAGCCUUCACCUCGCAGUUUCUACCCAAGUUACUCUACCGUGGGACGAUAUCACCUGAUGGCUCUCUCAAAGGAUUCACUAACUUUUCACUCGCCUGGGCCCCACCAAACGCUACCUCGGAGCCUUGCAGGUACGGUGCGGUGACAAACGAAACGUUCAAUUUGCAGGUUCAAAAACCAUUAUUUAUCCUAGCAAAUAUGUCGCAAAAAUGUGCAAAACUGAAGCGUAAAUGUGGGGCAAAGAUGGCAAAUGCUGCAUUCGCAUACCAAAAAACCACGGGGUUGUAAAUUAGGAGGCAAAUCUUCCACAUUUUUUACGUUUUAGCCGAUAUAAUUAGGGAAAGUAUAUGGAAGGAGUGCUAUAUCAAAGCAAGAGUGUACAUCAAGGGAUGGAGUAUCUUCGUUUUAAAUAAACUGAUUGUCCCUCUUUUUUCUCUCUUUACAGAUUUAUAGACUUUCGAGAACCAGACGGUUCAUUGAGCAAAUUUUAUUGGCAUUUGUUGACUCUAAAACUUGCAUUUGUUAUCAUUUUUGAGGUGAGUAUA